CCGACUAGAGAAGAUCUUGUUAAGUGAAACGACUUUGGUCACCUAUGGAAUGGUUGCAAAGAGGGGCAAGUGUUUGAGAGAGUGACAUUCUCCGUGAAAGUGCUUAGCAAUUUCUCGAUAACUUAACUCCCACUCUUUCUCAAAAUUCAACAGCAAAACCAUCAGUCUUUCAUAUGCAAACUUAAAAAGGAGUUUGUUUCAACUGCAGUUGCCACUCGCGCUGCUUUUCACUGCACUGUCCAAACUCUCUUAGAAGACAAGCAAACAAGGGGGAUAACAUUCUUUUAAAAAAUGUUGUCCAUGUCACUGGGUGUAUCUUUCUCAGGAUUGCUCCAUUGUAUCGCAGAGAGUGUUGAUUUGGUCCUAUCAGAACUGAUAGACCAAAAUUCCGUGAAACUUCUUCGAAAAUUUCUACCUAGGAAGAAGAUAGAACUUGCUUCACCUGAGAUGGGAUUAGAUUCAGAGUUCAAGAAUUUCAAGGCAGCAUACAGUAGCAGUUGUAAGCAUGCAACAAGCAGCUCAGCAGAUUCUAUAAUGAAACAAGAACACUUGUUUCCCGAUCUUCGGAAUGAAGGGUCUUGGAGUUCAAAAGAGGAACUGAAUCAAUCUGGAGUUAUAAUAAGUCAUCCAAGGAAAAGGGUAUGCAGCAAUUUUUGUAAAGGUAAGGCAGUUUUGCAGGCUAGUGAAGCUGAAGACCUAAACACGAGGUUGGAGAUCCUUGAGGAAGAAAGUCAAAUUAUGAAGCAAGCACUCUUAGAGACAAUGGCGGAAAGGAAAAAACUAGUUAAUGAAAUAUACAAGUUAUUAGAGACACGGCGGUACACCCUCCUACCUAAGGCUCAAGAAGAUGGACACACAUUCAGCUCUGGAUCUUUGAUCAUCAAACCUUGGAAGGGACCGGGUCAAGGAACAGCCGAGAGCAGUCUGUUACAUGCUCUAUUGGAAAAUCCACGUUCUGGAGAUCCUAAUGCCAAUGCAUUAGCAAUACUUGGUCAGAGUUGCACAUCCACACAAUAAGACAUAAAAUUUCGGUGUAAUUGAAUAAGUUUAUCAAGUAUCAUUUUAAAGGACUUUCCAAGUUUCAAUGCUCAAGUAAUUUACAAUCUUGAGAAACCCUAUGUCAAGAGUGACAAUGAGUUGAAUUUAAGAUUUUUCCCGUCUCA